ACUCACAGUGACUCAUCACACGCAUACAUUUUCAGAUACAAACUACCUGAAUUCGCCUACAUGUUCAGCUCAAUCCUUCCCGGUACUGCUACACCUAAUUCCGGUCGCUCCGCCUCUCCCUCUCACGACAUGACCUCCGAACAAAGUCGUCCAGCGCACCCCGCGCCCACAACCCGUCGACGUCGCAUUGUGGUUGCAAUGACGGGCGCUACCGGAGCUUUGCUUGGAAUCAAAGUGUUGAUUGCUCUACGUCGAUUGAACGUGGAAACCCACUUGGUCUUGAGUAAAUGGGCGGAAGCUACGAUUAAAUACGAAACCGAUUACCAUCCAUCAAAUGUCAGGGCUCUGGCUGACCACGUACACAAUAUCAAUGAUAUGGCGGCACCGAUAUCGAGCGGGUCGUUCCGGGCGGACGGGAUGAUCGUGGUACCUUGCAGCAUGAAGACUUUGGCGGCCAUCCACUCAGGAUUCUGUGAUGAUCUCAUUUCUCGCACGGCGGAUGUGAUGCUCAAGGAGCGACGGCGAUUGGUUUUGGUGGCGCGCGAGACGCCGCUAAGCGAGAUUCAUCUGCGAAACAUGCUCGAGGUUACACGCGCCGGAGCGGUUAUUUUCCCACCCGUACCGGCGUUCUACAUUAAAGCGGCAGGUGUUGAUGAGUUAAUCGACCAGAGUGUCGGACGAAUGCUGGAUCUGUUCGAUCUGGACACUGGAGAUUUCGAGCGAUGGAACGGAUGGGAAAAGUGAUGGAGUUGUCUUUGGUCGCAUUCUCUUUUUAUGGGCGUAUAUACCUCUUUUUGAGUG